AUGUCGUACCACGACAGCUCUGAUGGGCUCCUCUCUGAUCAUCUUCGGUACGAUACUCGCGUCUUCCCGAACACUAGAGCUGUUACUAACGCCUUGCUAGAGAACGGCCUUCUUACCCAAGCCCGUCUUAUUCUCCUCGACUCUCCGCUCAUGGUUGCGACCGCCUUCACCGCUCUCUCCUUCCAGUCCUUUACGAACCAGCAUGAACAAGGUCCCGAAAAGGCUUUCCAGCUCAGCUGGUGGUUCUGGCUGCUGAUGACUGGUCUGGGCUUGGGAACGACAGUCAGCAUCAAGUGGGUAGGUCUGUUCACAAUUGCCUGGGUGGGGAGCUUGACCCUCGUCCAGCUCUGGGUUCUUCUUGGAGACACCAAGAAUGUCACGCCGCGCCUCUGGGCCAAGCACUUCAUGGCUCGUGCCUUCGCCCUGAUCAUUAUUCCUGUCGGCUUCUACAUGGCCAUGUUCGCCAUCCACUUCCUCUGCCUGGUCAACCCGGGUGACGGUGACGGUUUCAUGAGCUCCGAGUUCCAGUCCACCCUCAACUCUAAGGGCAUGCAAGACGUCGCGGCGGACGUCGCCUUUGGCAGCCGCGUUAGUAUCAGACAUGUCAACACUCAGGGUGGUUACCUGCACUCCCACCCGCUCAUGUACCCCACCGGUAGCAAGCAGCAGCAAAUCACCCUUUACCCCCACAAGGACGAGAACAAUCUCUGGCUUCUCGAGAACCAGACGCAGCCCCUUGGAAUCAACGGCGAGCAGAUCAACGGAACUCAGGCUUGGGACAACCUUCCCGAGCCCGUCUUCAUCAAGGACGGGGAUGUUGUUCGCCUGUACCACACGCCCACCUUCCGCCGCCUGCACUCUCACGACGUUCGCCCUCCUGUGACGGAGGCUGACUGGCAAAACGAGGUUUCUGCAUACGGUUAUGAGGGCUUCGAGGGUGACGCCAACGACCUAUUCAAGAUCGAGAUCGUGAAGCAGAAGUCGCUCAGCCCUGUUUCCAAGGAACGCCUCCGCACCAUCGAGACAAAGUUUAGACUGGUUCACGUCAUGACUGGUUGCGUUCUCUUCUCCCACAAGGUCAAGCUCCCUGAGUGGGCUUCCGAGCAACAAGAGGUUACAUGCGCUAGAGGAGGCACGCUUCCCAACAGCUUGUGGUAUGUUGAGUACAACGAGCACCCCCAGUUGACCGGUGACAAUGUUGAAAAGGUCAACUACCGUAACCCUGGCUUCUUUGGCAAAUUUUGGGAGCUCCAGAAGGUUAUGUGGAAGACCAACGCCGGCUUGGUCGAAUCCCACGCCUGGGACUCUCGUCCUGGCGCAUGGCCGCUUCUCAAGCGCGGCAUCAACUUCUGGGGCAGGGACAACCGUCAGAUCUACCUGUUGGGCAACCCCGUCGUGUGGUGGAGCUCCACCCUUGCAGUUGUUGUCUACGUUCUUUUCAAGGGCAUUGCGACUCUCCGCUGGCAACGCAACUGCAACGACUAUGCCAACACCACCUUCAAGCGCUUCGACUACGAGAUCGGCACUGCCGUGCUAGGCUGGGCUUUCCACUACUUCCCUUUCUACCUGAUGGAUCGUCAGCUGUUCCUCCACCACUACUUCCCGGCCCUUUACUUUGCGGUCAUGGCGUUCUGCUCAACAUUUGACUUUGCUACGGCUCGGAUUUCCCUUGGUGGCAUCCGCAACAACCCCGUAAUCAACCGCGUUAGCGCCGUCGCCUUCUUGGCUCUCACUAUUGUCGCUUUCGUGCUCUUCUCGCCUCUGGCUUACGGCAACCCCUGGACCAAGGCCGAGUGCAACCGUAUCAAGGUCCUUGGCUCAUGGGACUUCGACUGCAACGCUUUCCAUGACAACGUAAGUAAUAUUGAUGCUUUUAUCCCGGGUAGAGGCAUGCCGGAAAGAGGGUUGUGA